UCUGAAACUGUAUCCUACAUAACUCACAAGAGGAUGCCUAAAUGUUCUCUGCUGAAAGUACCUCUUUGCAUUUGUGGUCACUGGCUACGUUUCAAAGAAUUUAAAAUUCCUUCUCUUUUAUAAUAUCUCUUUCUCCCUUUACUUGCCAGAGUCGAAAACAUGCAAGCAAAGUCCGACUGUAUUACAUGCUUCACCCCAGGGACGGUGGGUGUCCUGCCAAGAGGCUCCGGUCAGAAAAUGGAAGUGAUGCUGAUAUGGUGGAUAAGAAUAAAUGCUGAACACUGUGUAACAUGUCUUUUACCUCAGCAGUGGUGGCUGACUCCCAUUAUCAAGGCAAAAUCCACGCCAAAAGGUUAAAACUGUUGCUAGGAGAGAAAACACCAUUGAAGAUUACAGCAACACCCCUGAGCUCACUCAAGCCCCCACGGGUGGAAGCUGCUCCGGUGGUUGCAUCUCCCUAUCAAAGAAGAGAUUCAGACAGAUACUGUGGGCUCUGUGCCGCCUGGUUUAAUAACCCUCUGAUGGCCCAGCAGCAUUAUGAUGGCAAGAAACACAAAAAGAAUGCAGCAAGGGUUGCUUUACUAGAACAACUUGGGACCACCCUGGAUAUGGGGGAACUAAGAGGUCUGAGGCGCAAUUACAGAUGUACCAUCUGCAGUGUCUCCCUAAAUUCAAUAGAACAGUAUCAUGCCCACCUGAAAGGAUCUAAACACCAGACCAACCUGAAGAAUAAGUAGUGAAAACAUCAAUCAAGAGAUUUUAAAAAUGCCAGCAUUUCUCUGCUGUGGAGAAUCCCUUAUCAACCAUUAGAGGAGGAUCCCUUCUUGAACAAUGAACAUUUCUUAUGAGGAUUCACAGAUUAACAUAUGACUAUCUUGAUUUUGGAAAGUGAAUGAGAUUUCUUUCUUUCCUUUUUUUUUUUAAGUUUUGUGGUAAGUCAUGAUAUUUGGCUUGAUUUUUUUAAAAUAAUUCUUUCCUGAUAACAUAUUUAGCACAUGUUCUAAAUUAUAAUCCUAUAAUCCUAUAGUUAGAGCAUUAUUCAAACUUACAAAGAGUGAAAAAGUUUAAUUUUCAAUUUAUUCUAGAUUUCCUCAGAGUAUAAAUAUUCUAUGAAAUCCUUGAUGAUUGUGAUGUAAAUCACUUCUAUCCAGAAAUAAACAUUUUUUUUUGUCAUCAUGUUGAACAUAAUCGGUGGCAACAUGCACAAAUCUGAACAAAUCAUUAUUAGUAGAAGAUAUAUAAUGGACAAAUACCAGUCCUUCACCUUCAAACACGUGAGCCAGGCUUGCCAUCUGAAUGAGAGCAAGGAGGAUGAAUAAAGGAAGAAUCUUUAGCCUUUUCUUCUGAUCACUCCAAGGACGGUUUCUCAAGGUGAAGCCAAGUCUUCUGCAAGCUGCCAAAUAGUAGCUUAGGAAAAGAAUUAGUUUGCUUGCAUGAUGAUCCUCUUAGGCAAAAAUGACUUCACAGCAGUUGACCUUGGUAAAAUCUUUUACUGAAGGCAUCCAAAAAAAAAAUCAUGUACCCCAGAAUGAGAUGGAAAUUUGCAUUUCUUAUGAAGCUGGCCUGAAUGGUGGGCAUUAAUUUGGGGUACUGAUGAAUUGGAAUGAAGUGAAGAAAUCCUGAAGAAACAGCAGCCUUGGAUAGCACAAGGUCCCCUAUUUCUUCUGUUUCUCAUCGAAGUCCUGUUGCUGAGCCAAGAGUCCAUCACUUUGGGAAGAACACAACUGGAUAGAAUGACCGGAAAAAUCAUCCCUCUAUGAUGGGGAACAUCUCUGAGUGCAAAUCCUAAAGUUCUUUCUCCAGGUUUCAUUCCCCAUGGUGACCAGAAGUGGUGUCUUGCAGGCUGGCUACAAGCCAGGACAUUGAGUUUCCAUUCAGGAUGCUAUCAGGCUCCAGCUGGAAUCUGGCCCGGGCUGCCCUUUGCACCUUGUGACCACAGGCGGUUGAUCUCCAGGUGGGCAUCCUUUGUUUUCUGCGGAGAGCCAAGGUGGUUAUAACUCAGUGAGCAAUAAAUGAAAUGACACAGAAAUGCACAGUGUUGUUAUUAAUGUGCCUGCUUUCCUGUGUUUGGAAUUUGGCACUCUUCCCUUGAGGAGGGUUCACUCAGGAGGGACCAGGGCUGCCAGUUUCUGUGUCUGCAGAGAGAAGCAGCCACACCAGCCACAUGUGGCCCUGACGGGAGGAAGGAGGGUUUGAUGGGAGGAUGUCUAUUUUGCUGUUUUGGAAAGAAGCACACAAAACAGAGGUAUAAACCUCUGGUGAUGGCUUUUUUUUUUUUGAAUGUGUAAAAUAAAGCUUUAUUUGUCAAUUCUGCUGUAAAAUAAGCAUUGUCUGAGUUAAAAAAAAAAUCUUUGUUUCUGUUUGUGUUUAGUGACUGAGCUCAUGCCCUGAAGUGUGUUUAUUUUUCUAAUAACCUAAUAUAGAAAAGCCUAUGAACACAGAUUUCUUUUGCUAUACAGAAAAGCUAUGCCAAACUCUUUAUAGAUAAGCUUUCAGCUAUAAUAAUCAGAUUCUUUCAGAGUUGCUCAUCUAAAUACCAUUGUUCUUUGGCAACCUGCCAAGUGAAAGUGACUACCCUGCCAGAAGUUUUGUCUGUUUGAUUGUUCCCUAGUUUCUUUCUUUCUUUUUUUUUCUCAUGCAGAUGAGGAAAAUUAUCUUUCCAGUGUACCAUGUAUAUUCAGUUUUAUGCUGGAAGGGCAUAUAAGUGUUGUUUAUCUUUUGGGAACUCUUGAAUAGAAACAUCUCUACUUGGGAAGCUACCUGUUUCUUGUUCUUUGUUUGUUUUGGUAUGGCUACAUGUGUUCAAUUAAGUCAUAAUUCACUUUCUAAUUUUAUUAUGAGUGGGGGAGAAUGUGAUUUCAGGUAAAUGUUUCCAAAUGGCUAAUUAAUUCCCACGGAGAGGAAAGAGACUUGUGCAAACCUGGCUAUGUCCCUGUCUUAUGGUCCCAUCAGCCCUGGAGUUUCUCUGAUAGACAUGUGAUUAUAGCACAUGAGAACUUGAGACAAAGGAUUUUCUGUAAAAUAUCAAUUCAAGUGAACUUAAGAAGAAACUCAUCUAGUUAGAAAAGAGAAACUAUCUAAACUAUCAGUAAGUGAAGUACUUUUGUUAUUCCAGAAUCCUUGGAGUAAUGUUAAUUAAACUAAAUAGUCCAUUUAAAGUUUUCCUGCUAUAAGAGAAAAAUGAUUUAAAAUUACAACACACACACACAAACCCAAUGCCCCCCUUAUAUUAGCGAGUAAUGAUUUAUAUUUAAAAGAACAGUGUUAAGUUAUUGAAAUGGUCCAUCUUCGUGUGUGUGUGUGUAUGUGUGUGUGUGUAUGUGUGUGUGUGUGUGUUUUAUCAUUUUGUUUGUUUCUUUUGGUGGUCCUGGGGAUAGAACCCAGGACCAUGAUAUGCUAGGUAAGUGUUCUACCACUGAACUACAUGUCCAGCCCAUCACUCAAAGAGAUAAUCAUUCUUUACAGUUCUGGUCAUGCAAUUCAAAUUCACUUUACAAAAAGGUCUUCCUCUGCAGUGCAUUGAAAAAGCUUCAGCCUAGCACCUGUGACAUGGCCACAAAUGCCAUGGUAGUGAAACCCAAAUUAAUGAGCUUUCUUUAUAUACAGUCUCCACAGCCCAGUGAACUAAUAAAUAUGGUCAUAAAGCAAUCUGCUAAGUAUCGAGGACUACAGUGAUUCCUUCUGCUGAUAAAAAUAGUCAUAAAACUCUCGUCUGCUGUUGCUGGACUACAAAGACCAAUAGAAUUUGUUUUUCAUUGGCCUCUUAGAUGACAGCCAAACAUAAAUUAGCUUGCCAAGAAUUUUCACACCUUUCUGCUGAAGUGAGUUUAUUGGACCAACCAGGCCAAAAGACAAAAAUAUAAAAUACAUGCAAAAUGUGAAUGCUCCUGUAGGGAAGUUUGAGCUCUGGUGGUAAUGGGGUUGAGGCAGUGGGGGUGUUCACAUUUCUUGCAGAUUUGAUUUUUGAGUGAGGUGCUUCUGACAGAUUAGUGUGAAUACUGAAUAUUAGAGCCCCAAUAAGAAAACAACCUUUCUAAACUGCCAGGGAAUAAACUUACACUCUCCACAUUCCAUCCAAACUAAAUAUCUAUUGUUUGUUUGAUCAGCUUGUCCAAGGAAUUGAUUUUUUUUUCUUUUGUGACCAGAAUAAGAAGGGUCUGAUCAACAUUUUAUUGUGGGGACAGAUUUUUUUUUUCUUUUUCUGGUUCUUAACUAAUUUGUUCAUACUAAAGGCAUGCUAAACUACCUCAUAGGUUUAUUGUGUGGAUUAGCUAAUUAAUAAUAAACAACAAAUGCAUCAAAUGUAAAUCUCUAUGUAAAUGCUGCCUUAAUUUGUUUCCAGAAUGAGAUAUGCUGUCAAAUCAACUGCGUGAAUAUUUUAUCGUCAUAUUCAUGUUUAUACAUUUGGCUUGGAAUUUAAUAUGCAAAAACAAAAUGAAAUCCUGAAAUUUCCAGCAUAGACUGAGGGCAUCAAACCCAAGACUGGAUAAUACAAACCUAGUGAAACAAACAGACAAACAAAACACCUGGAAGCACUAUAAAAUGUUUAAAAAAAAUCUCAGCAGGGGAGAAUUAGCAUUGAUUUUAAAGAAUAGAUGGAAUAAUUCCAUAUUAUAAUUGUUAAAAGGUUCAAGUUUUUCAGUGAUUUAUAUUUUAAAAAGUGGGUUUAAGGUUGGUAUUAUAACCCUUAAUUCCUUCACAUUGCUAAAUAAAAGAUUAGGGAAAGACAAAAUAGCACAUAUUUCUGAAUAAUUGCAAGAGAGUCUGUGCAGGUGAAAAAUCUGCCUGUGAUUGUAUCAUCCAGAGAAACCAUUAACAUUUUUUUUUAAAAUAUAUUUUUAAGAAUAUAACCUAAAGAGGAAAGAAAUGGAAUUAAUAUCUUAUGGUUACUUAGUAGCACUCUCUGAAGGCUGUGUGGUAACUAGUUAAAAAAAUAAUUUUACUGCUGGCUCUACUUUGCUGCCAUUUCAGCCUGUAUGAUUAAUUAUUACUUAAUCACUAUUAUGAGUAGCAGUUUUAUUUGCUAAUUUCAAAUGCCUCAACUCAAUUAGUAAUGCAUUCUGACCUUUAAAAACCGCAUUCUAUAAUCUUCAAAUUAUGAGUGAAGAAAAAAAAUCUAAUUUUACUUCUACCAACCCUCCAACUACCAUUAGCAGGGUACAUUGCUUCUUAAGAACAGUUCAACUACUGUCAUGUGUCAGACUUUUAAGGCAGUGGGGGUUGUUUCAAGUCCAAGUCCAAGUUCCCAUGAGGUCAAAAGGAUCAGAAAGGGCUAAGGAUGAUUCCACUCGAGAGAAUUGAGGUUAAUGUACAAUGCAGCACAUUUGGCUGAUAAGUUUUAUUUAUUUAUGUUUACUUAAAGAAAAAGGUGAAAUCACAACAUGCAAUUAAUGAAUUCCCUUAUUGCUUCCAACUCUCUUUUGAGAUUUCUCUACAAAUUUCUACUUGAGUUAUUGCUCUUCAUGUAAUUAAAUGCAAUUUAAGGCUUCCUCUGUGUUGUCAAGUCAAUGGUCAAAGAUUCUAUUUUGAGAUCGAUCUUUUAAUGUGUAUUCCCUUAUUUCUUGAAAUUAAUUUCAUUAUUGGUGGACUGUUAACCAGGAAUUAGUGAUAUUUUUGAUUGCCCAAAGAGUUGCCAUGUCCAAAGUGUUGACUCUCCAAAGAGUCAACCCCACCUCCCAUGAAUCUACUAUUUUGCCUAUGAAUAGUCACCAAAAAACUAAUAAUGGGAGGAUGUGGUUAGCUUCCAUGAUACUAGUUCCAAAGAAAUUAUCAACACUACAUAUGCAUUAGCAAUGUCGUAGGAAUAGUUUUCUACUUUGUCAAAAACAUAAUCUCUUUGUCUGGAUUUGAGAAUAAUGGAAAGAAGGAUAACUAUUGUAUAAGGAAGGGAAUCUACAUCAAUAUGGAGUCUUCCUAGACAAAGCUGCCAGCACCCUAGGGACAGCAUAAUCUGAGGAGAAAAGAUAGACUCUCACUCCCAGGUAUCUAUGGUGGUUGACAUUAGAUGCAUCAAUAUGGAUUGAGUUUUUCCUCCUUCCUGAGAAUUAAUUCUCAUUACUUGUUAGCUCCAUUUUCAUGAUGAUUGACACUAAAAACUGCAUUUUCAGAAGUUUGUGAAGUUUUGUCAUUUUGACCUUUUUUCCAACCUCUUUUGCUUAAUUGUAGUGUGCUGCUAUUUUUAAAAAAGUAACUGGUGACAAGAAAAUAAAUUCAAUAUGUGGAGAAUAUGUGGCAUUUUGGAGACUUUUUUAAAAGCCAGGAAAUUUCCACUUUUGACUGGAUAUAUUUUUAUAAUAUUUACUCUGCAUUAUCUCCUACUUUGCCAAUUAAUUUAAGGCCAAUUACAAGCCCAUUUCCUACCUCUUUAUAUAAGCUCCCAUUUCUCAGUGUCCUUUAGGUAUAGAGAGUUUAAUUGUGAUGAAAGUUAAUCAAGUAUCCUUGUAAGCUAUCCAUGGGGGUCUGUGAUCAAAUCAUGUCUCAUCUUGGGACUUUCAUCAACCAUUGGCUUCUUUGAUAGUGUCCAGGUAUAAAUGAAUUGAAUAAGAGAUUUUUUUUCUUUUCCCUGACACUCACUGGUUCAAAACCUGCUUGGCUUCCCAUAUGCAUGGUAAGUCUUUCUCUGUGUGAACUUGGCCUCAGUUCUUGUACAUGUUUAUAUAGUAACACAUGUCUUAGUUACUUUAGGGCCUCUUCUCUGUCAAUAUAAUACAAGAAAGAGUGUGGUCUGUACUUUUAGGACAUUUCUGAUAUUAUCUGACUUUUUGUUGGAAUUUAAAGAGAACAAAUCAUUUUUCCUCUGCAGUUAUCUUUUUUAGCUAAAGUUCAUCUGAUGAUAGGGAUGGGAACUCCUGAGAGUAAAAACAAAACAAAAUAAAACAAAACCAAAGUGAUUUCUCUUUCUGUCAACUCCAGUAAUACAAAUUACAACAAAUAAUAAAGGGAUCAUAUGUGUUUAUCUUUUGUGUAUAAGUUUAGCAAUGACUUACUGAAUAUAAAGUUCCUGACAAAACUA